AACGUUACUCCGAUUUCUUACACCAGAAUGAUCUACCUCCAGGGUUUUGCGGGGUAUUAUUUCUUGAAUGUGACUGGAAUUAGCGUCGGUGGGGUGAAAUUGGAUGUGCCGCGAUUCGGCUCUCAGCGGGACAUGAGUUUCAUCGAUUCCGGGACUGUGAUUACGCGGUUGCCGCCGAUGAUUUACAAGGCUUUGAAAGCGGAGUUCGAGAAGCAAUUGGCUGGGUUUCCCAGGGCGCCGAUGCUCGAGAUCUUGGACACCUGCUACAACUUCUCCGGGUUCAAGAACGUGACGAUUCCGACCAUCCAAUUUCAUUUCGAGGGGAAUGCGAAUCUGACGGUGGAGAAGGAAGGGGUUUUCUACUCCGUGAGAUCUGAUUCUUCGCAGAUGUGUUUGGCGAUGACGAGUCUGAAUGAUGAGGAGGAGAUUGGGAUACUUGGGAAUUAUCUGACCAUCAAUCAGAGGGUUGUUUAUGAUUUGAAGGGAUCGAGGAUGGGUUUUGCGAUUGAGCCUUGCAGUUUCUAGGCGGGAAAGUGAAGGAAAAUUUGGAACGGAUUUUCCCGGAAAUUUUUUUUACGGGAGUUCGGAGUUUCGGAAGCUGGGCUUUAAUUGUUAUAUUUCACUUUUAUUUGUAAGUUGUAAAUUUGAAUCUAAUUAUUAUA